UUUAACAAAUAAAAUAAUUUAAAAUAGAUAUAUACAAAAACAAAUAAUCAAUCAAAAAAAAAAAAAAUUAUUAUGUGUUUUUUUUUUUUAAACAUAUAGAAAACAUUUUUCAUCCAACUUUCUAUUUUAUAAUAAAAUUGUAAAUUUAAAUGUUAUAAAAAAAUAAAUAAUAUUAAUAAUAAUAUUAAAUAUAAUAUAAUAACACCCACCACUCCCAACAAAAAAUAAAAAAAAAAAUAAAUAUAAUUGUUUUUUUUUUUAUUUUAUUUUAAUUUUUUAUUUAAAAAUAUUUUAAUAAAAUAUUUUAUAAACUAUAGUUUAUAAAUAAUAUAUAGUAAUAAUAAUAAUUAAAUAAAUAAUAAAUAAUAAUAAUUAAUAAUAUAAUAUAAAUAAUAAUGACGGAUACAUCAAUUCAUAUUGAAAAUCUCUCAGUUCAAGAAAAAGUUAUGAUACACAUAGAAGAUGUCAGUAGUGAUAUAAACGAAGAAGAGAAUAGUAAUAAUGAGAAAUCAGUAGAAGAGGAAGAGCAAAUAAAUAAUUAUGAAGAUAGUAACAAUAAUAAUAAUAGUAAUGUUGAUAAUAAUAGUGAUAAGCAAGGUGGACAAGAUAUUUCGACAACAACCACAACAACCACUACAACCACUACAGUAACUAAAGUUAAACCUCCAAUGCCUCCAAUUGAAAAUAAACCUACUUAUUUAUCAUCACAAAAGCCACAAGUCGAAGCAAGUUGGUCAGAUUUAAAGAGUAAAAUGAAUCAAAUGGAUAAGUCAGAUUUAAAACGUGGCUCAAUUUUAAUAGAGCACUUAUCAGAAUAUAAUAAAUUGGCGUCAUCUCAAGUGAUACUAGGUGAAGAAGAAGUACAACCAUCAUCACCACAUCAAACUGAAAAUAAUCACAAUAAAAAUAAUAGUAGCAAUAAUAGUAAAAAUAAUAUACCAGAAAUUAAUGAACCAAUACCAAUUAUUAGUAGUACAAUGAGUCAAGAUGCAAUUGAUUCAUUAGUAAUGGCAGGUGUAAAUUUAUUUAAUGAAAAACCUAAAAAAGGUGUUGACUAUUUUAUUCAAAAUAAGUUUUUAGAAAAAACUCCAGAAUCAGUCGCAGAAUUUUUACACGAAUGUCCAUUAUUAAAUAAAAAAUCGAUUGGUGAUUAUUUAGGUGAUAUCGAUCCAUUUUGCAUUUCAACAUUAGAGUCAUUAAUUUCAAGAUUUAAUUUUAAGGACUUAGAUUUUGAUAUGAGUUUAAGACAACUCUUAUACUCAUUUAGAUUACCAGGAGAAGCACAAAAAAUUGACAGAAUAGUUCAAAGAUUCGCAAAUCAGUAUUAUAAAGAUAACGUUCAUAUAGGUUUUGCAGAUCCAGAUACAGUUUAUACAUUAGCAUUUGCAAUUAUAUUAUUAAAUACCGAUUCUCACAACCCAGUUGUCAAACCAACAAUGACCAAACCAAAAUUUGUAAAAUCACUUUCAAAGAUUAAUGGUGGUAAAGAUUUACCUUCAGAGUUUUUAGAAGAUAUAUACGAUAGAAUAUUAGUAGACGAAAUUAAGAUGAAUCCAUCUGGCACCCUAUUCCCAUAUGCUGUUAAAAAGGGUUGGCUAAAUAUAAGGGUUAAAGGCAAGGUUACAGAUAAAUGGAGUAGAAAAUGGUGUGUUCUUUCAGAUGGUACUUUAUACUUUUUUAGAAAACCAACAGAUAGCUCUCCAGUACGUUAUUUAAGACCAGAUACUGUAAUUACAUCAAAGAAAGAAAUUAAAGGAAAAAAGAAUUGUUUUAUACUUAACCACAGUUCUCCACCAAUCACACUAGAAACUCUUUUAAAAUCAAGUCAAAAGAAUGGUGCUAAUGGUAAUAGUUUUAAUCCUCAAGCUUUACUUCAACAAUUGGCUCAAUUUGGCAAGGAACAAAAGAAAGAGAUACAUUUUUGGGAUAGUGCUGUCGAUAGAUUUGGAAGUGAUAACCACAGAAUUGAUAUUUUACAAGAGGUAUUGGAUACUGAUAGUGUUAGCUCUUUAGAUACUCUUUCUGAAACCUCAUCAGCAACAAACUAUUUUGAAGACGAACUUUCACCAUCAUCUUCAGUAUCUUCAACAUCACCAAUGUCUUAUGACCAAAAUUAUGACCCAACCAAAAAGGGUUACCUUCGUUCAAAGAAUGGUAAAGAUAUGGAUGUUGAAGGUAAAUUAAAGAAUCUUGGAAACGGAACCCAAACAUUACACAGACCACCACCAACAAAACAUACAAACUAUAACCCAAAUUUUAAUACUAUGCACCAAACCUCCACAAACUCCACAUUACCACCAUCACCAUCACCAUCCAACACUGCUACAGUUAGUAAUGGUGCAGCUGUAAAUCAUUCAUUAACACAACCAAGACCAAAUUAUUUUAAAACUGUUUCAUCAUCAUCUUUAAUUCGAUCUUCAAGUAUUUCAACAUUUUCAACACCAAAUUCUGUAUCAUCAAAUUCAAAUUCUUUAAAUUCUUCCUCAUCAUCUGUAACAAGUAAUAAUACAACAACAACUCCAAAUUCUAUUAACUCACCCUCAAGUGGUAUAGCAUCAUCUGCCUCAUCAACUCCAAAUUCUGUAUCAUCUACCUCAUCAUCAUCAUCACGUCCUCAUACUCCACAACAUAAAUCUGAAAAAGAUAAACAGUAUGAGAAAAAUUUAGAAUCAUUUUUAAAACUUCAAGAAAAAAUGAUAAAAGCAUCAAAAAACACAAAUACUUGUAUUAUAAACGCCGAUAGUCAAAGAGAAAUGAACUCUUGGAUUCGAUUAAUUACCUCAAAAAAAUAAAAAAAUAACUAUAAAAAUAUAUUUUUUUUUUAAAUAAAUAUAUAUAAAAAAAACAAUAUUUUCUAAAUUGGUUAUUUUUUUUUAACAAUAUAAAUAUAUAUAUAU